UACUACCUUCUGGGUGAAAGAGUCCUCGGGACGACCAAAUUUAACCUGCUCAACAAAUACACCCACCAACCGUACGUUUCGAAUGGGUACAUCGGCUCGCGGAUCCCCAACCUCGGCUUUGGCUUCAGCUACGAUCAAAACGAGAACGUGACGAGCUCGGACCUGUUAAACGGCUGGCCACUUUUUAACCCCCGCUAUGCAGGCAGCUUCAUUGCCGGCUUCUUCGACGCUCAGCCAAACACCACGGGCGUCAACUUUCCCGAGCUGCGCGAAAACGGCUACGAAAGUGUCAUCAGUGCGGUGCCGCAGUGGACGGCGCUUCAGCUUGCCGCCACGCUCAACGGCGUAACAUACGUGCUAGACCCAAGCACCGCCAACACUAGCUCCGCUCACGUGACUGACUACCGCCAGGAGCUACGCAUGGCCACGGGCACGGUUUCGACAGCCUACACCUGGCUGGGUGCUGUAACUGUGAACAUAACAGUGAUAGCGCACCGCGACUUCGAGACUCUGGGACUCGUGCAACUAGAGGUGGCCCCAGUGUCCGGCGCUGCGCCCCUGCAGCUGGACGUGGUGGACGUACUUGACUUUGACUCCACGCAACGCUGUGUUCUUGAGAGUAUUGGCUACGAUGACGCGGGCAUCUUCAUCACAGUGCAACCGGAAGGUGUUGAAUACAAGCACGCGACACUGUACUCGCGGCUGAACGUUAACGCCUCCUGUAUCAACGAGACGCUCGCGGCCGCGUUCCAUAAAGUUACCAAUACUGUGUCUGUGGUGCUAGAGCAUCCGCUUAGUGUGACCAAGUACGUGGGGGUUGUUUCGGACGACCUGCUGGGGACCAACUCUAGCGACGCCACGCUCGCGGCAGCCAAGAGAACGGCUCUCGAUGCAGCCAGGUACUCGUGGCCCAGUCUGCGCACCAUGCACGAUAAUGCCUGGGCCGAUGUGUGGGGAGACGUCGCCGUCGAGCUGGAAAAUGAGCCGUAUCUGACUCUGGCGGCAGAGGCAAGCAUCUACCAUCUGUUUGCCAACACGCGGUCCUCGGCACGCAAUAUGACGGCUGCUUUGAGCGUGGGCGGGCUCAGCUCGGACUCCUACGGCGGGAUGAUCUUCUGGGACGUGGAUCUGUGGAUGAUCCCUGCGCUGCUGCCAAUUGCUCCUGAGACGAGCGUUGCACUCAACUCGUACCGGUACUAUUUACACGAGCAGGCUGUACGCAAUGCGGCCGCCAACGGCUACUCUGGGGCAGUAUACCCCUGGACUUCGGGUCGGUUUGGCAACUGCACGGGCACGGGGCCCUGUAUCAACUACGAAUACCAUCUGAACGGGGCCAUCUGCUACUCGGUGUGGAAGGCGUAUUUGAGUGGGGCAAUCAACGACGAGCAUCUGGAGCAGUAUGGCUGGCCGGUGUUGCGGGAUGCGGCAGACUUUUUUGCCGGAUACGUGAGAUACAAUGACACCGUGCAAAAAUACACCACACACAACCUGACGGACCCUGACGAGUACGCCAACUUCAAAGACAACGCCGCAUACACGGCAGUGGUCAUCAGCCAGGUGAUGAAGUGGGCUGACCGUGUGGCGCGGCAUCUGGGCAAACCAUCCAACUCCACACAGCUAAAGAUAAUGGAAAACAUGUAUCUGCCGCAGUCCAGUGACAACAUCACGCUCGAGUACGACACAAUGAACUCGUCCGUCUUGAUCAAACAGGCCGACGUGGUGCUUAUCCCGUACAUCGAUGACGAGGACGGCGCUCUGGUGCAGAAUUUCGGUUACGAUGAGGUCCGUGCCACCAACGACCUGUCCUACUACUCCUUGCACCAGUCGUCGCAGGGCCCUGCAAUGACGUUCCCCGUGUUUGCCGCUGUGAGCCAGAAGCUCAACGAGUACGGCUGCGGCAGCCAAACCUACCACUACAAGUCUGUUGCGCCGUUUCUGCGGUUCCCGUUUGCUCAAAUGAGCGAACAAAACAACGAUAACUACGAUGCCAACGGCGGAACGCACCCGGCGUUCCCCUUUAACACGGCGCACGGAGGGCUCGUCCAGAGCUACUUCUUUGGACUCACUGGAAUCAGGUUCUCGUAUGCGGUGACGCCAGAGCAGCGGCUCCAGCGAGUGCUCCAUUUCGACCCGGUCGAGCUACCACUUUUUAGCGGUGAUCUGAGAAUUUCCGGGUUCAAGUACCUAAACCAGUCACUCGAAAUAGUUAUUGGCGAGACAAACGGAACGAUCCGCCACUGCGGCACAGCAGAGUCCAUACUUGUGUACGUGGACGACAGAAAUGCGGCCGCUGGCUACCACACUCUGGAGCCCGGCGCAGAGCUGACAGUGCCGGUGCACGUGAAGCAGUUCAACACACCAGGCUCGCUCACAGAAUGCCAGGCGCUUGCACACAGCUUGACUUCGGGCCGCGACGGCGACGUGAUCAUGUCGAUCGUGGACGGCGACAACUCCACCACCUGGCAAGCCGAAAAUAAGAAUGAUAAUGCGGCGGUGUUGCUGGAGUUCGAUACGAGCGAGACGUUCAACGCGGGGGCCAUUGUGUGGGGGGACCGGCCGGCAGCCAAUUUCUCGCUCAGU